CUCAAUUUUUUAUGCAUGAACGAAUUACUUGUAUUCAGUCGAAAUGUCUUGAUGCAGAGAAGCGUAUUGGAUCUCUYGUUGGAGCAGCAUUUCCGAAACUGCAAAUCUKUACUGGAGUCCUAUCGUCCCGAUCCCGAUCCAGAUCGAUCCAAUACACUGGUCUCAAGAAAAGAUCACAUCCUAGAACUGUUCAGUUCGCCAAAUCCCCGUUUUCUUUGCCCUCGUCGAUGGCGGUUCCACCCUUGUUGAUUCUUCCCCCAGAAUGGCGCCCGGGGGUCCGGCUGUUGCAACCAAGAACRUUUUGGAUCCUGCUCGUUCUCAUGGUGUUCACGAGAGAGGGAGUCGAAAGCAUUUGCUUAUGGAUGUUUGAGGUUCUUUCCCUCAGUGCCUGGCAGACCUUCUCGUACGCGAUUUUGGACGGAACCUCCACCCACUGGGAGGGCGACGACGCGCCCUUCGUGUUGCCGCCUUGCGGUGUCGGUGUGGUGCGCCGACCCUUCUGGCGCCGGACGAAACGGGCCCCGCGAGAUUGCAGCACUUCCAUGAUGUUCAUGGCGAUGUUUGGUUUCUCGCUGCGCUUGGCGAUAAAGUAGUCCGUUUGRUACUCGGACACUAGCUGCCGGAAUUCUUCGUUUCCGGCGUGGUAGUUGGUCGGGGCCCCCCUGCCACAAACAAUGUCCGUGUCUCUCAGCUCGACGAAAGGCAGCGAGGGCAGAAACGUCGAGGCGCUCGUUUUGCGUUUGUCGCCGGGGGUCACGAUGGCCUUGGUCGAGGAUGCAGGAAAGUUGAUCCUCACGGCUUCGGGGGACACCUUUUUCCUUCCGUCCUUGCCCACGGGAGUGACCCUCGAAAUCGCGUUCUCGGAAKAGUCGGAGCACGGUGUUUCGGGUCUCUCGCUGGAUCCUKGCGCAGCGGGUGUGUGCGGCGAUGGGCAACCCGAGCGACCAAAGCCCCCUGGAGUCGAGACCGGAUGGCCAGAGUGGCGAACGCAAGGACUCCUUCUCCGGCUGCCCUCGUCGUUUCCUCCUUCGCACCACGCUGGCGGCGGAGGCGACGGGCCACUCGGAAGAGAGAACGAGCUGUUGGACGAAGCAUAGCCUUGCCGGUAGUAGUCGGGGAGAGGAGGUGGCGGUGGAGAGGGGGAGAAAUAGUGCUGGUCGUAGGCUUGGGGAGGGUAUGGCUGCGGUGCGUACUCGGGGCCGUACCACCCGCUGCUGUAAUAGGCCGGGGGGGGAUAGCCGUAGUGCCGGUCGUGUUGGCAGGGAUGGUCCGGCGGGGGAGCAUCUGCUCUUGCAUCCCCCGCGGUCGAACCGCAGGGAUGGGUCCUCGGGGGCGGCACGGCCACCGGAGAAUACCKKCSCUGCUCGUGGCUGCGGGUUGCGCGCGAGGCCACGGUCGCCGACUGGUUGCUCCGCUGCGGGGUGGCCGCGCUGGAGGUGCAACCGUCGUGGUCGUAGUCGUGGUCGUAGCCGUGUGCUUGUGCGCGUUCCGCCGAAGAGUCCUCGUCGUAGAACCGGAAGUGCCGGUGGCGGUGGGUGCUCUUGCCCAGGCGAUCUAGGAAGAAGCCACUGUUGUAGCUCGUUGGUGGAGGAGGUGGCACGGGUGGGGCCAGACACGCCKGGGGAGAGGGACGGGGGAGAACCUCCUCGUCGCGUCGCCUCGGAUUGGUCCUGUCGCUCGUUGUCUUGACAGCGAGGGGACGGAUGACCUCUUUGUUCUUGUGGAUGUUGCUGUUGCUGUUGCUAGCAACGUAUGUCUUGUCGUCAAAAGGAGCCAUUCUAGCUGGUGCAUAAAAGGCUGGUGCACAAAAGGCUGGUGCACAAAAGGAAGGGUGAUAAGACGAAAAGUAGUGACGAGGAGGAUAAGAGUGUCCCGGGAGAUAGUGAGAAGGUCCUGUAUAGUACUUGUAGUUGUUUGUGUUUGGAGCUUCGAAUUGCUGGUUGUUCGGUGGAAACGAAUAGUUCAAUGGAAAGUAGAUAAAUGGCGGGUUGUGGGGAGACGGAGCAUGCGGUUUGGAAUGUUCAUCUUCGCGUGCCGUUACAGGGUGGUUUGACAACGUUGCACGACCGGUGUGCAGGUUCGCAGUUCUGUCACGGGCAGUGUUCGUUUCGAUUUUACUCACGCCACUGUCCCCGUGCGGUUCUAAAAGCCUUUCRCCUUYAUUCGUGCCAUUCUUUUCCUUCGUCUCGUUCGGUCCGCUUCCAUAAUGACCUUGGCGAUCCGAGUCUUGCUCUUUUUGCUUAGGCUUCCGGGAUUUCAUCGCCGUAUCUCGCGGUAAAUCGCCAAAGAGGUGCGCAACAGUGGAGGGAGUCCGAGUAGGGUGCUCUGGGUGGGGCAAAGGCAAUGGUCGAAGGCAUCGAUUUCCGACUUGUCGUCGAAGGAUUUUUGCUCUGGUGGUGGGUCCAUUUUUGUGGCAAUCUGCUUGUUGGCGACGGCAGAAAAUCGGUGUCGAUGGAUCAUUAUCGGUCUCGUUCAACCCGCCCCACUGGACGCAGAUGAUCGCAUGGGUGUGAUGUAGUCAAUUCACCUUUUUCAAGAUCGUGAUUUGUGGAAGCUUUUCGUUCCAUUCAACCGACGGGACAUCGUUUGAAAUUCGGGAAUCGCCGAGCGCGCAAGAAACUUACGUAAAGCCCCUUUUUUAAUCAAAUCCCACGCGACCA